GUGAAACAAGUCGGGUCAAUUUUCUGUACACAAAACCAAACAAAACACCGUAAACUCAAAUUUUCGACCUGCAAAAUGGAAGAGACCGAAAUUCUGAAAAAUCAAAAUGUGCCACAAACAGACAAGAUGAAAGCAGCAAGUGCACAUAGUGAACACAACGAGCUGCAUUUUAUGAAUCACUCAUAUUCAGAAGAUUCUAAAGAAUCACUUGGCCAAAUGAGUCUUGAGCAAAAUAAGUUCAGCGCGGUCAAGAAUCUUACGAAACAGCAAUCACAUCUGCACAAUUCGGAAGAAAGUCGAGCACAGGAAAAUACAAACGAAAUAACUAGGAAACCCGCAGAAACUGAAAAAAAGCGGGACAUUUCCAGUAACGAGAAAGAAACGAAAUAUUUUGUUUUAAACAAUUCUAAUGAAUCAAAGGAACAAUACCAGGCAGAAGCAAAGAUAGAAAGGAACAAAUGCAAAGAGUUAAUUAUUGACAAGAUCUCUGAUGAAACUAUCUCCCCGAAAACUAAGGCACAAAGUCAAAUGAAGUUAAAUGAUGCCGUUUCUGAUAAAACGCUUACCAUUGAGAAUGCCCGAAAAUCAAAGCAAUUAAUUGCAGAAGAAACGUUAAAUAGUCCCAAAGAAGAAAGCUCAAAUGUCGUGGAAAAUUUACCAAGCUCACCAGAAAAACCAGUAAAGGAAGAAGUUCAAGAAGCCAAGGAACAGGAUACCAUCAUACCGCAAUCCGAGGAAGUGAAAAUCGAAAAACUGGAUCAAAUGGAGGCAAGUACUUCAUCGGCAGCUCAGGAGGCGGAAAUGAAAAAGCCAAACGAAGUGAUGCCUGGCAAAGAGGAAUACAUUGACCCAAGGGAAAAAAUCAGGAAGGACAUGGAAGAAUAUUUUAGUGGCAUUCAGGCUCUGGAGGUCAAGAAGACAAUUCGCGACGAGCUGAGUGCAAAGGAAGGUGAAGUCAUUUUAAGAGAGGAUCAGCGAAAGAAAACCUGGAAGGGAAUGCUUCUAUCAGUGACCCACACAACCUUAUCUACAUCUACUAGUCACAGCACAUCUUCGGGUAAGCCGCCAAAAUCCGCCGUACAAGCCAUACCACAGCGCACCGCCAAGGCGGACUUCAAAAGGAAAAUGUAUGUCCUUAAGGAGAACUACAAUUAUCGAUUGGAGCUGCUAAAGCAGCUGAAAAAUGACAUGAAAAACAACUACAAAAGCGAGGCCCAGCAACUGUAUAUCCACUAUCACUCCAUUAAGAACCAGACGUUAAAUAGCCCCCCUUUAAAAGAGAUGCUAGACGCAAAAGAGGAAUAAGUGGAUCCACCACCAAAGAUAGGAUAAUAUCACACCAUCAGUUUCUAGAUCGUUGCUCCAUCUAGCACAGACUCACACAAAAGUAAUGAUCAAAAUUAACUAAACACACUACAUUUAUCUACAAUGAAAGGAUUGUUAUUCCUGCUACUGCUGCUACUUACUGCUCACUACACUACACACUCAGUACAAGCACAAUUUUUACAACAUACACCCUACUUCAUUUUCUAAAAAAUAUCCACAAAAGUGUUGCCGGGCUUUCCAAAUCUAGAAGAAUAUAAUAUAACCUAGAACCCGAGCCCCGAAAUCAUAGCUACGAAGUGGGACGACCUGCCGAAAGGGGGAUUCAAUGGGACUGUACCUCUUGCAUUCAUUGUGUGCACUUGCUUCUUUGCAUCUUGAAGAAGUGCAUCUGUAUCUCAUUUACUGAGCUUCCAUGGUACAGUCACCACUCUGAACGCCCCGCGGUAUGCAACAGUAUUUCUGUGCUUUGUAUAUGCCACAAACCUUAAAUUUUCGCCACUUCUGUUUUGCAUGUCGAAAUAAAAGCAAAGACAAUGAGAAUUGACCC